AUACCUCUUGGGAUCUAAAGGAGACGCAUUCCGCGCAGGCCUUCUGUAGUAGUGUAUCAGGGCUCUCGGGGAAAGAAGAACCAGUAAAACUCUAAAGAAAAUGUCUACUGGUGAAGAUCAGACAAACGUACGCGCUGCUUCGCCGUCAUCGUCCGCCGCAUCGUCAAGCGACGACGAAGAAGCCGUCGGCAGCGCGCGCGAAGAGGACCGCCAAGCAGAUACGUUGCGCACCGUUCAGGUCGUAUCCGCACCGCCGCGUGAGGGGACAAGCGACGAAGGAGAGACUGAGGGCGCCAGCUCCAGUUCUAGUGAAGCUGAAGAAGACGCGAAGGAAGAAAACGGACCAUCGCGUGGAAAAUCUUACCUCCAAAGUAUCCGAGCCAGAAAACCGAAAAAGAAAGUGUACGCCAAACCAAAAAAUGAGACGGCAGAUAAUAGAGAGCAAAACAAAGACGAUGCAACUGCAUCACCAGUCAGUGCUCUUACACAAGAAAAUGAUGAAAGCUCGGGAACUCUCCAGCGAGGGAUAGAUGUCCAUCCAACAUACCACCGCAGUGAUGGCUCAUCGGGCUCGGAGAGUGGCGAAGAAGACAUCGAUGAAGCCGGGUGGGAGGAAACAUCUAGAGCCUCAACACAGCAGCUGACACAAUUUGAGACAGAGGAAGGACAGAGGCAGAGGGAGAGCGUGUUUUCACGAUUCAAUCGAUACGCCGGGAGUUUUCGCAUCAAACUCUCAACCCGGGACCAGAGAACCCUGGAGGAGUUGGAAUCGGAGGAAAGCGACACAGAUGAUCUGGCGGGGGCAUUUGAAAUGAUGAGCCGUGAAGAUCAACCCGAUAUUCUAAAGAAGGAUUCAAGCUUUCGAAGACGGGCAAACAAGGCUAUCUCAGGCGCCAUAGCCAAUGUACUACCACAACCUAGGAGAGAGGGGGAGGGGGAAGAGGAAGAAGAGGAAGAGGAAGGGCUAGGAUUGUGCGGCUGUCUCAAGAGCAAAAAGAAAGUGGGUGAGAAGGAGAGCGAGAAGAAAAAGCCAGGAGAGAAGAAAAAGAAGCCACCGGCUACACAACUUUCCCCGCAGCUCCAAAAGGCCAGCAGUCAAGGGGUUAACAUGAUGAAGAAGCUCUUCUUUCCGGCGCUACCUCACCUCUUGCAGGAUAUGUGGGUUUAUCUUGAGUUUGGGAUCACCAUGUUUGCCUUUGUCUUUGGUUUGCUCACUCUUGAUCUCAGUGACGGCAGCAAAGCCUUCAACAUAGUGUACUUCACACUCACCAUCAUCAGCAUUGCUUUAGCCAUCAUCGAUUGCUUUCUCUACUUUGUCCAAAUGGGCUCCUGCGCAGAAUGCUUGAAGAUUUGCUACGUGAAAUUGAAAAAGAGAGGGGAGGAAGCAGAGCUGGAGCUAUUAGAAGUGGAAGACGGUGGC